AUGUCUGCAAUUGAGAAACGUGUAUGGCCAGAACUAGUUGGCAAAGACGUAAAUUCAGCAACUAAGACUCUGAAAGAAGAAUCAAAUAUUGAUCAUAUUGAAACACUUCGUGAUAAUUCACCAGUAACACUUGAUUUUUGUCCAACUCGAAUUCGUGUUUUUGUCGACGAAAAAAAUAUUGUUACAGUUGAACCACGUAUUGGAUAA